CUGUUCUAGUAUUGUAAAGAAUUGCGAGAAAUAUUUUUACGCAAAAAGUGUGGAACUUGAAAGUUUUGGAAUUUUAUUAAAUAAUAAAAAAUAAUUUUAUUCAUUUUAUUUGCAAGACUCAAGAAGUCAUAAAAAAGUUUGUUGUUGGAUCGCUUCUUGAGUGAAAAAGAUGAAUAAUUAAUAAAAAGAAUCGAGAUUGGUUUAGAGAAAUGGUGGAGGUUUAUAGAUUUGGGAUAAGGUGUUAUCGUAUAUAUAAAAAUUACAAGGGUAUUUCUUUGGUGGUGAGAAAGAAAGAGGAAACAUAGUGAAAUAGAGUGGUAUUGAAUAAUCGAGUUUCUGAACUGAAUGUGACCCUUUGUGAGGUGUUAUCGAUGAUGAUUUGAUUUGAAGAAAGAGCAGGAAGAAGAUAGGAAUUUGAAGAUAACAGCGAUUAUUCAUUAUACAAUAAGUUACCUGUUUGUAAUGGCAACGUUGAAAAAAGAAAUUUGAUGAAAUAAUACUUAGAAAUCAAUUGACUCACAAAUUUCAGAUAUUUAAUUUAGAAUCGAGUCGAAAUAAUGUAAAAAAUUUAUUUCUUCUUCAUAUUUUUCAAGAGUUUUCAAAGUUUUCUAAAACUUUUGUUAGCGUCCUCCACGACUUUUAUCGAUAUUUAUUCAAAUUUCCAAGAUUUCACAAAUUUCGUCGAUAAUAUAUUUCAAAGAUUUCCAAGAUCUUCACCUUCGUUUUCCAAGAUUUUUCGAGGAGACGAAGAAAGAUCUUUGGAAAAUUGGAAAUGAACAUAUCGCGUCAAUGCCAGUAUUUCCAAGUAACCAGUGAAAAUCAAUUAUUUUCAAUAAGGCAAGGUCGAAGUUCAGCGGAUUCCGAUAGUUCCAAGAACAACUUUCCGCGUCUGUCGCAACAAGUUCAAAUCCCAUGACCAUUCCAGAGUAAACGGAAGGGAUAAAGAAGAGGAAGAGGUUUUCUUUCUUCUCGUCGAGGUCUGAAGGAUUCCCCUCGGCCCCUCGUUUUUUCGAUGUCGCCACGACGAUGGGAAGAAAAUCGGAGAACGAGAACGGAUAGAACGAGUCGCUGCUAAUGAACGAAUAAAAAGAAGAGGAGAAGUGAGUUGUAUUCGAAUGGCUGGCUCGGAUAAGGAGCCCUCCUCGUGCGUUUAAUCGUUCCAGACAGUGGAGCGACGAUUGGCAUAUGCAAAUCUAGUGGCACAGAGUUUCAACAAUACAGAAAUGCGGUGACCAGUCAACUUUCGAUGGGGCCAAUACAAGGCAGUGGUAAACAUUGGCUUCAUUCAUCUUGUGAUAAAAAAAGUCAACCGCAACUUGAAUCGAAAUUUUCACAUCAAAAUCUGGAAAAAUAUCGUUCGAUUAAUACAAAUCGAUGAAUAAUUUGAAAUUGAUUGAAUGAGAAGAAGAAACAAAAAUUUCCACGUAUAAACACGAUGAAUAAUAUCACAAUUGUGACUGUACGCACUUCGUUCUGUAUUUCACUGUCCAAGAAAAUGUCACAUCGAGGAAGCACAUAAACACGAUACAAAAUGGACGAUUCUGUAACAAACGACACAAUUUUCGAAUCCGGAGGUGAGAGUCUCAAGCACUUUCCACGGCCAGUCACUAUCGCAGCUGCGGUUUGCGCGAUAAUUUUCAGUGUCGUUGGAGUUGCGGGCAAUUUGGUAACAGUAAUAGCAUUAUUAAAAUACACGAGGCUGAGACGGCAUGCUACGACCGCUUUCGUAAUAAGUCUCAGCAUUUCUGACUUGAUUUUUUCCGCGGUAAAUCUACCAUUAACUGCGAGCAGAUAUUUAAACGAGGCGUGGGUGCUGGGUGAAACUCUGUGCAAAAUAUUUCCGCUCUUUUUCUAUGGAAAUGUCGCGGUGUCUUUGCUCAGUAUGGUGGCAAUCACGAUUAAUCGAUAUAUAUUAAUCUCGAGAUCAGAAAUAUACGCUCAAUUGUACACUACUCAACGGAUUAUUCUAAUGCUAAUCGCCAUUUGGACAUUGAGUUUCACUCUACUUUUGCCGCCAUUGCUCGGUUUCUGGGGAACACUAGGCCUGGAACCGUCCACCUUCUCUUGCACUAUACUAAAGAAGAACGGUAGCAGCCCAAAGAAAUUCUUAUUCGUUCUAGGAUUCAUCGUGCCAUGCGUUGUGAUAAGUGUUUCUUAUUUUUGCAUCUAUUGGCGUGUGAGGAAGAGCAGAAAAAAUUUGGAAGCCCAUGCCGGCCCGAACAGAAGAAAAGCAGGAGGGUUUCAACGAAGAGAAGACUCUAGAGUGACCAGAUUAAUGUUGACUAUAUUUCUGUGCUUCCUUUUGUGUUUCAUGCCGCUCAUGCUCGUCAAUGUGAUCGACGAUAAAAUAAAAAUCCCAAUUUUGCACGUGAUAGCUUCUGUGCUCGCGUGGGCCUCUUCUGUGAUCAAUCCUUUCAUUUAUGCCGGCACUAACAAGCUUUACAGAGAGGCUUACAAGCAGAUUUUGUGUCCAAUCUCUGCUAAAAUACCAACUACCGGGCCGAAACCUACCCACUCGCAUUCGAGUAAAGUAUCAUCGCCACAAGCGACUUGAAACUUUAUCAUUUUAUUCGUUUUAGUGAUGUUAUACUGUAUAAAUAAUGCGUAUAUAAUGAAAAUUAAU